UAGCCUGACUGAAAUUUUUGUUCUCACUGAACCAGUUCUUGCAUUUUUUGCCCAACUGGUAUUUGAGUGUAAUAUAACCAGUCCCUUGCACUUUUGCCUGACUGGAAUUUGUUCUAAUUUGAACCAGCCUUUCCUAGGAUCAAAAGUAUCUGUUUGGAAGUUAAGUAAGUUAUAAAAAAACUUAAUUUAUACUUGUAGCUAGCAGACCUGGAAAGUGCAGAGGCCUUAGACAGUCCUUUGAAAAAAAAGGCACCAUCAAUUUCGAGUGUGAUAUUACCUAAGAGUAGUGAGCGCUUAAACCUCUCUGACAGGCAAAAUAGAAGGCGACGCAAGAAAACAAAAAAAAGUUUAAAGAAAAUUCACUGUGCUAGUGGAGAAAAAGAUGAACGCCGUUGUGUUAAUGAUGGAAUGUGGGUAACCCUCAUAAAUAACAGAAAUAAUGAAAUGGCUGAAUACAUAUCAAAUUCUGAUACAUGUAUGGAUAAAGUUAUUCCCCAAAUUGUGCAACAAAACUUUGAACAAUAUAAAACCAGUAUUGACAACAAGGUCAGGAGCUUGGAAAUACUAUACACUGGAGGAAUGAUUAGUAAAAGGAAGUAUACCAACAUAAGAAAUACAUAUACAGGUCCUGUAUUCAAAGAUUGUGAAAUGCCCAAAAUUCUGUCUUACAAAGCCCUCAUUUCUUUUAUUAACACUAGCAUUGAAAUAGGUGAUCUUUAUAGCCUCCAAGAGUUUGGAAAAUCAGUUAAUAUGCCUGCCUCACCUGGAGUGUAUAGACAACUGGAACCAUUUAUUUUAAGGCUAGCCUACCUGUAUCUUUCAAUCCAUGCCAAGAGCCCAAUACUUCACUGGUUCAAUGGAAAAGAAUAUGAGUUUCUUGUUACAGUUGGAGCAGAUGCAGCACCCUUUGGCAGGGAUGAGUGUGCCACUGCCUACCUUGUUAGUUUCCUUAAUUUACUUAAGAAGGUCAACAGCUGUGAUGACAAUCAUCUGUUGAUGGGUGCAAGCUGUUCAGAAGAUGAUGGGCUACUAAUAGUUUAUACAAAGCAGCUUUUUAAAGAAAUGGAAGAUGUUGAGAGAAAGGUGUAUGAUAUAGAAGCCAAUGGCACAAAGCAUGCAUGCAAGUUCAUUUUAAAACUUAUCCCUAGUGAUAUGAAGUGGAUGGCAACAAUGUGUGGUGAGCUCAAUAAUGCAGCCACUUACUUUUCUUCCUUUGCAAAUGUCAACAAAGGAAAUAUGGACACAAGGAAUAGCAGAAUUGGCACUGACCCAAAGACAUCAACCUGGCAGCCUUGGACCUACAAAGGCAGACUGGAUGUAGCUAAUAAGGUCACAAAGGAGAAGUCUAAACUCACAGCUAGUGAACUGAAGGGUAGGACAAAAGUGACACAGUUCAUUGCUAAAUCUAAGUCACGCCAAGAGUUUGUUCCUCCUCUAGGUAAAUAUGUUGAUUGUUGCAAAGCAGAGCCUCUUCACAACUGUAAUAAUGCAUGGCAACAGUGGUUUUGUAUUCUACUCACCCUAGCCAUUAGCUUUGUUCCAGAAGGAUCUCUGAAAAGUUGUUCAACAGUAAAUGAGCUACCAAGUCAAAGUGCCUUUGUUAAGUUCAUGACCAGCCUAAAAGAGGUAGUGAAAUGUACCAGGCUAUGGAAGAAUAUCUGCAAAUGGUUUUCUGAAGGAAGAAAGAAGAACCAAGCUCUGUCAUAUCGCUUCACAGGAAAAGAAUCCAAGCUUUGUUCAUGGGGAUUUCAGGAGCUCAUCAAGGUUCUUCUGGCCUUUGUUUCUGAUAACAAGACAAAGUUGAAAUUGCAUGUCUUAUCCUUCAUAGCUUUAAAGCUGAGAGAUAGUGCUUCUAUCUUCAGCCAGUUUGAGACUAAUGAUGCAGAUGUUGGAAGACUUACGAGCCUAUGUUCAGAAUUCUUCAAUGCAUGGUCCAUAUUUCUUGGGAGGAUAACACCCACUGUAUGGACAAUUGCUUAUGCAGUUCCAUUCCAUCCCCAACAGCUAGUCAGGGAACUCGGUAAUGGUUUAGGCCUGAAUAGCAUGCAGGGUAGGGAGGCCAAGCACAUCAAACUUAAGAAGUACAUGGAGUUCACACCAUCCACCAGCAAGCAUUCCCGAUGGUUGAGUGUUUUCAAACAUGAAUUUGUAAAUGCUGUGUGGCUUAAAGAAAAGAAGCCUGAAAGUUGGCUUAAGAUCAAUCAGCCACGCGACCACUUUAUCCCCAAAUGUGUAGAGAAUACAAGUUUUUGCUACUGUGGAUUGAAGAAAAUUGAUAGCCCAGACCAGCUGAAAUGUGAAAUUUGCAAUAGCCAACUGAUGCAUUUAAUUGAAACCAGUGCCAAAGAAGGCAAGCUCCACAACGACUUAAAAAAGUUUUCUUGA